GCCGUCGCCAUCUUUAAAAUUAGAAGGAGGCGUUUGCAGGCAUUGUUGGUGUGCAGCCAGUUAAUUCAACUUGGGCAAAUUUCUACAAAAGUAUUCCAAGCAUGGCUAACCGAAAUAUGCAACAAGUUAACAUGCAAAGCAACAAUUCUCCUCAACCGGCGAGACGCGGAACCGACUCACCGGCGGCGGAGCAGACACCGGCGAACAAAGACAGCCCGGCCCCGCCGCCGAGGCAGUCCCCCGUUGCUGAACAAAUGGAAGGAGCUGUGGAAGGAAGCGGCGAAGGCCCGACAGAAAUGACCCUAGACAUUACUAGUUUCCGAAAGCCCGGUGAAAAGACGUUCACUCAGCGCUCCCGUCUUUUUGUCGGCAGUCUCCCGCCGGAUAUUCCAGAGGAGGAGUUCAAAAACCUGUUUUCUAAAUAUGGGAACGUCAACGAGGUGUUCAUCAACAGAGAGCGGGGCUUCGGCUUCAUUCGUUUGGAAACCCGAACUGUAGCAGAGAUCGCUAAAGUCGAGCUGGAUGGGACUAUUUUGAAUAAUCGACCAAUCAGAGUCCGCUUUGCCACACACGGUUCUGCGCUCACAGUGCGCAAUCUGCUGCCUGUGGUGACAAAUGAACUGCUGGAACAGGCGUUUUCCCAGUUUGGACCAGUGGAACGGGCUAUUGCUGUGACAGAUGAUCGAGGUCGUCCCACUGGGAGAGGCAUUGUGGAGUUUGCAAGCAAAGUAGCAGCGCGUAAAGCUCUGGAGCGCUGCACCGAGGGAGCACUGUUGCUGACCACAACACCCUGUCCUGCCAUUGUGGAACCUGCAGAACACUUUGAUGAUGAGGAUGGUCUUUCUGAAAAACUGCUCCAAAAGACUCCAAAGUACUAUAAGGAACGAGAACAGAAACCACGUUUUGCUCAGCCCGGGACGUUUGAGUUUGAGUUCUCAUCUCGUUGGAAAGCUCUUGAUGAGAUGGAGAAACAGCAGAGGGACCAGGUGGACAGGAACAUUAAAGAGGCUAAAGAGAAACUGGAGGCCGAGCUGGAGUCAGCCAAGCAUGAACAUCAGCUCAUGUUAAUGAGACAAGACCUAAUGAGACGUCAGGAGGAGCUGAGGAGACUUGAGGAGCUUCGCAACCAAGAGCUACAGAGACGAAAGCAGAUAGAGAUGAGGCACGAGGAGGAGAGGAGGAGGAGGGAGGAGGAGCUGAUGAGGCACAGAGAGCAGGAGGACCUGAGACGCCAACCAGAUGGCUUCAAACCAAACUACAUGGAAAACAGAGAACAGGAAAUGAGAGUGGGUGAGCUGGGCCCUCGUGGAGCCAUUAAUAUGGGAGAUGGCUAUAACCAGGCCUCUGCGGGGCCCAGUGGUAACCAAGGUCAAAUGAUGGGCAUGAGUGGAAGGGGAGGACCCACUGGCCCAGAGGGAACAGCAAAAAUGGGGACACCAUUGAUGUCAGAGAAUGGAGCCAUGCGAAAUGAUAGAUACCCACAAGGCGGACCCAUGGUGGGGCGACCCGAUGCUGGCUCUCCAAAGCAGCAGCAGCCGCAGCAGCCAGCACCACUGGGCCCCCAGGCUGGACCAGCUCCAGGAUUUGGGAGGGGCAGUCCUGUGGGGGGAGUCUUUGAUGGACCAAAUAACAAGCGUCGUAGAUACUAACCUCUCUUGGUAUUCAUGGAUCUGUGUUAAUGAGCCCUAAUUAUUGUUUUUACAGUUUACAAGCCCGCUACCUUUCCUGGGCA